AUGCCUUCAACCACUUUCGCUACUUCCGGAAGAGAUCUCAUCGGACAUAGAAUCGAUAAUGGACGUCUUGAAUUUCUAUCGGUUUUAGGUGUAGGAGCAUAUGGUGUGGUUUAUCUUUCUGUCGAUUUACAUUCUCCUCAACCUGUUUAUCUAGCGGUGAAAUGUUUACUCCGUGCGAAAUUGGAUAGUAGACAAAGACAUUUUCAAGAUAGGGAAAUAGCUUUACAUCAAUUAGUUUCUGAUCAUCCUAAUAUCGUCAAUGUUCACAAUGUCAUAGAGGAGGAUGAGUAUAUUUAUGUGGUUAUGGAUUAUUGUGAGGAAGGUGAUUUAUUUGGAUUGAUAGUGGAUCAACAACGGUAUAUCGGUAAUGACGAUUUAAUCAAAAAAGUUUUCAUUCAAAUAUGUGACGCCGUCGAAUUUUGUCAUUCUAUGGGUAUCUUCCAUCGUGACCUCAAACCUGAAAAUAUAUUAUGUACCAAAGGUGGUGAAAGGAUAUACAUUGCGGACUUUGGUCUCGCUACUGCUGAUCGUGAUUCCGCCGAAUUUGGAUGCGGUUCAACCUUCUAUCUAUCCCCCGAAUGUCAAGGUGGUCUCUUUGAUCGUUUAACAAAAUACAACACUAAACAAAACGAUAUUUGGUCACUCGGUGUAAUCCUCGUAAACUUAACAUGUGGUCGAAAUCCAUGGAAACAAGCAUGUCCAACCGAUGAAACUUUCAGAGCAUACGUUCAUGAUACCGAUUUCUUAAGAACAAUAUUACCUAUUUCAAAAUCUACCAAUACAAUUCUUAAAUCACUUUUCCAUUUGGAUCCACUUAAACGACCAUCAUUAAGAGUUGUUAAAGAAGCUAUAAUGGCUAUUGAUACAUUCACAAUGUCA